AUGAAUAUCACACACAAUAGUUCAUUAUUAACAACAAAAGCAAACUGUUCAUUACAGGAGCGUGUGUAUUCAUCAGAUUAUUUAUUUUUUAAAUUUUUAAAUUCAAAUUAUUUACGUAUACUUAUUGGUCCUGGUAUUUUCUUAAAUACAUUGUGUGUUAUUGUUCUAUCGCGACCAAGAUUAUCAAAUAAAUCUACAACAAUAUUUUUCUUACGUUUUCUUGCAAUCUUUGAUAUUUUAGCUAUUACAUUGAAAUAUGUUCGAGUGGAACUCAAUUAUCAAUCAAGAUUGUAUGUAUGUAUGGGUGCUAGUAUUUCAAUUACCAUGUGGACUAUUGUUUUAAUGAGUGUAGAUAAAGCUAUUGCUGUUAGUUAUCCACUUAAAUCCAGUAUAUGGUUAACACAAAAAAGAGUAUCUUAUAUAUGUUAUCUUACAAGUCUUAUACUUUUACUUGCUAAUCUAUCGUUUAUUUCAUUUGCUGAACAAGGACGAACACGACACAAUAAAUUAUUUUGUGGAUUAAAUCAAGAUAAAAAUCCUUUAAUAUUUGACAGUAUUACAGCUUCAAUUUUGCCAAUGACUUUAACUACAGCUGCUAAUAUUAUUAUUGCUGUUACUUUACAUUAUGUUUCUCGUAAUACAUUUAAUUGGCCUUCAAAAAAAGGAAAAUCAGAUAUAAAUAGAUCGGAAUUGGAUAUAACAAAAUCAAAACGUUCACCAUCACCAUAUCCUAAUCAAACUUCAUUAGCUGCUCCACUUACAAAUGAUACAAGUCUAGCAUCUAAACGACGUACAAGUGCUCAAGUAACGCGUAUGCUUUUUGCAGUAACAUUAUCAUUAAUAUUAUUUAACCUACCUAAUUCAGUUAUAUAUUUAUUUUCAAAAAGAAUUAAUGCAAAAGGAUUAUUCACUGGACGUGAUUGUUUAACAAUUAGUAAUUAUGAAAUUAAAUUAUAUCAAAUUGAUUUUAUGUUAAGUGUUAUACAAGAUAUCCUAUCGGAUUUACCGCAUAUAGUGAACUUUUUUCUUUAUUGUUUAGCUGGAAAAAAAUUUCGAAGUAUUAUUCUAGAUGAAGUUCAACACUUUUUAGUUGGAAUUCAUUUAAUUAAACGAAAGCAAAAACGUUAUGUUCAGGCUAAUCAUAUUAUUAGUACUGAUUCAGGAAAUACAACACGUUUAAAUAGAAGUCAUAGACACGGAUCAUUAACAAGAUCUUUAGUACAAUUACAGCAACUGUGA